GCAGAAUGUAUUUUAACAGUAGCUUGUGAAACAAGUGCAAAGAUGAAAAGGCACAUAAAAUAUUUUUUCUAAGGACUAAUAUUCAUCAUGUCAGUGGGAAACAUCACUUUUGUAAAGGAUUUUGUGAUAGUCGGCUUUCCUGGACUUCAACCUAAUUACUAUGGCGUCAUAUCAGCACUUCUGUUUUUUGUUUAUGUUUGUACAUUGGCUGGAAAUGCUAUAUUUUUUAUUUUGUUUGUAACAACCAAGAGCCUUCAGAAACCUGUUUAUUACUGCAUUAUAAAUCUAGUCGUGUGUGAUGUACUAUUCAGCACUACAACAUUACCAAAGAUAAUCAGCAGGUACUGGUUUCAAGAUGGAACCAUUUCAUUCUUGGGUUGUUUUGUUCAGAUGUUCUUUGUGCAUUAUUUAGGCAGUGUUGGUUCUUAUGUUCUGGCUGUUAUGGCUAUAGACCGCUAUGCAGCAAUUUGUUACCCGCUUCAAUAUCAUAGUCUCAUGACAAACCAAAAUGUACUUAAUCUGAUUCUGGGCUGUUGGAUUUUGGGUUUAUUAGGCCCCUUAAUGAUGGCCAUUCGAGCUUAUCCUCUUCCUUACUGUGCAGAAAACACCAUUAUACACUGUUACUGUGAUCAUGUUUCCAUCACAACACUAGCCUGCACUGACAGAUCACUGUAUAGUAUUCCAGCACUCAUCAAUGCUCUUGUAGUACUGCUGGGAUCUCUUGCUGUUAUUGUUUUCUCUUACUGCUCCAUCUUCGUGGCAGUUAUGCGAAUUUCAAGCACUCAAGGAAGGAUGAAGACUUUCUCCACCUGCAGUCCUCAGCUCAUCAUAAUUGCUCUCUUUUUCCUACCCAGGUGUUUCAUCUAUUUGUCUGGCAACAUUGGUGUAAAGUUCAGCACUGAUUUGCGAUUAGUUAUUGUUAUGAUGUAUAGCCUGUUGCCGCCCAUGAUCAACCCCCUCAUUUACUGUUUAAGAACAGAAGAGGUGAAAAAGAUACUAAGAAGACAAUUUCAAAAGAAACAAAUUGGUAUUCCUUUACGGUUGGUCUGAUGUGCUUUAUUUAAUGAGGUGGCCAAACUGUUGCUGUUGUCACAAGGUCCUCAUAUGUCUAUAUUACAAAACAUACAACAUUAUUCCAGUUGUAUUUGUUGGAGUGGACUGAAUGCCAAGAAACUUUUGAAGGGCUCCUAAAAAAUGAAUUUUAUCUUCUGGAAAUUAUGUUUUUUCCCCUUCUGCUGUAACACUUCUUACAGUGCUAAUAAUAUAUUAUAGACAAUAUGGUAGUUUUAUCAUGAUAAUUUAUGCAAUAGGUAGGUCUGCUUCUCAAAUAUACUUUAAAUAAUCAUAUACAUCAUAUAAAUGAAUAUAAAUUAAUUAUCUAAUGUUAUACAAAUAUGAAGAUAAAAAAUGUGAAUGAAAUGCCAUAUCAUUAUGAUUGAAGAUGACCUCUCUGAGUAGAUGGAAAUGGAACACGAUACAAAUUAUUUUAUUUAUAGUUUCUGUUAAUGUUGCAGAGAAAACUGGCUUCUGUUGUUGAAUAUGUUGUUAUUGUUGAUUAUAUUCUGUAUAAUAUUUUUAUAAUUUAGGAAAUUCUACAGCUUACAACAAACUUUUGUAAAUAAUCCAGAAAAAGGUAAUGAGCGAGAAUGCCAGCAUUUUCUCAUGCAUUGGAAAAGUUUUUCAUUCAGUCAUAAGUCUCACUACUUUAUGAAACUCUCACGCAUAGCCAGGCAUUGAAAAUAGAAUUUUACAUAACAGUGGACCUUG